AUGCCCAAAUAUCGUGAUCCGGUCCCAAAGGAAGAUGACAGUGAAGAAUCUUUGAUCUCUCAGUUCGAGACUACUUUGACAAUCAAGUCGUCUUCUAAUGACAUAUCCGUAGAUGGCGAUAUAUCAAUUGACCAUACCACUUUGAAUUAUACUAGGGACGCAACCAUACCUGAUGCUGACACUUCUAAUGAAAGCGAUGAGACUAGCGACAAUGAAACUACGUUAGAAGAUAUACAAAAAUUCAAAGCUAAAAGGAAAUAUAGCCUACAGACAGACUUAGCCACUAAAAAUCAGGUGUCUAGACCUUCGUCAGCAAGUCCUAGUUAUCAAAUUGAUUCAAAUUUUGAACGCCUCUUAGAGCCAUCGCCCACGGUGGAUUACUCCUUAGAAAAAUUCACAAAAUCUUUCACUGAUUUUUUGGAUUCGAAUCCCCAUAUCCGAAGUGAAUCACCAAGGUUUCAAAAGGAGUCGAAUAAAACUUUAGUCAUUUUGUCGCCUUUGUCUCCGGAGCAUGCGUUUGGCAGAAAAUGGGUCACGAAAUCUUUCUUAUCUACCAUCUUUGAGCGUCCUCAAAGGCUCUUGGCAUCUUGUAUUGGGGUGUCUGCGGCAUUAACUAUGUAUCCAUUUUAUUACAAGUUAAUUAAUUCUACGAAAAAGGGUUCCGUCUUUUCUAGCCAUGUCCGAAAAAUUCAUGGAAAGAAUUGGCCAAAGAAAUUAUUCGAAUUGUGUUUGGAUUCUCAUGAGAAAUUAAGCAAAAAUGAGUUAGAGGUCCCAGAGGAUUGGAAUACAGGGGAUAUUUACCUCACUCCAAAGACUAUCAACGCAAUAGAAGGUGUUAUCGGUACUGUUGAAACUGCUGUGGAUGAGUUGUUUGAGAAUAAAAAUAACAGUCAUAACUUAGCGUUUGUUGUGAUCAGACCACCGGGCCAUCAUUCGCAUGCUUGCCUUCCCAGUGGUUUCUGUUUAAUCAAUAACGCUCAGAUCGGAAUUGAAUAUGCUUUCGAAACAUAUGGCGUUACCCAUUGUGCUAUCCUAGAUAUAGACUUGCAUCAUGGUGAUGGGUCCCAAGAUAUUUGUUGGGAAAGAGCUGGGUUUGAAGGUGACUAUGGGAAAGAUGAGGAUGAUGAAAUCGAUUCGGAAUCUAAUCAAAGAGACGAAUACGGUAAGAAAUUUGCAACCUACCCCAAAGUCGGCUAUUUUUCGUUACACGAUAUAAAAUCAUAUCCUACUGAAUUGGGUUACGCGACUAAAGAAAAUAUAAAGAAUGCUUCGACGUGCAUAAUGGACCACGACUUGAAUAUUUGGAACGUACAUCUCCAUGAAUGGUCAGUAGAAGAAGAGUUUUAUAAACACUAUCAAACCAGAUAUGUUCAAAUUUUGAACAGAGCGAACCAAUUUUUAAACAAUGCAAAAAGGCAGCACGACAAGCAAGAGCAGCAAUAUUUAUUAGACUUUGCUAAGUAUAACAAAUAUCUUGCUAAACCCAGUUAUUACGGUACUCCUGUUCCUGAGCCAACUCCACCACCUCCAUUUAAGCCAUUGAUUGUUAUUUCGGCUGGAUUUGAUGCGCUGGAAUACGAAAACCCACUCAUGCAGCGCCACAAGAUUAAUGUUCCAACUUCCUUUUAUGCUACAUUUACUAAAGAUGUUGUGAAGCUAGCCAAUAUCCAUACGUCUGGUAAAGUUCUAUCUUUUUUAGAAGGAGGCUAUUCCGACGGAGCUUUGACAACUGGCAUUUUUUCCCAUCUUAUAGGCUUGAUAAGUGAUGAGGAGCCAUCAUGGAACCAAACUUGGGGAAGCGAGAGAGUUAUGAAGGAAUUGACGAAGGGUUGCAAGGCAAACUGGACUCCGUACAAGAACCCUCAAUCGGAUAUAACUGUAUGGGCGAAUGAGGUUAUAAAAUUGGGUAGAUCCAUGAUGCCUAAUGCAAUCUUGCCACAAAAUUACAUUUAUCAGUAUAAGGACCCUUCAGAACAACGCCCGGUAAGCAAGAUGGUGCAGGCAAUUAUUGAUGAUAAUGCUGAUGUGCCAAAAAGCCCCAUAAAACAGGAUCCAGAAGACUUAAGACGUAUUUUAAGACAUACUCGUUCGUAUCACAAUAAGAAGAUUCAAACAAAAUGA